CUCCUCUGCAUUCCAUAGCCUCAUCCAUUAUUGCAUUUCCCCUAUUUCAUUACCGAUUCACUUACUUCACUCAGUCCCCCAUCUCUGACUCAUGCCCUUCAACGGCGACGUCGCUCUUCAGGCCAACGAGCUGACUCAUCGCGCAGACGACAACGACCGGGUCCAGUACCAGCUGUGGUUUCCGUUUGCCAAGCACCCGACCUGGCAGCUGGUCCCUAUUGCUGGCAACAUCAUGGUGUUUAUCGACACCCUGCGGUUUGUGCAUGCUGUGAAUAGCCUGUUUGUGAUCCCUGGUUCUGAGAUCCUCCUGGUCUACCUCAAAAUCACAAGCAUACUGUUUCUCGGUAUGAUCCCUUGCGUCGGAUUCUUGUUAACACUUACACUGAAGCCAUGCCUCUGCUACAUGAGGAUCGCUACAGCGUGUCUGCCGACCUACGGCCUGCGUGUCCCACCGACGCCAUUCCUUAAUGUGGUGGACAUGUUUUCACCAUGCAACCCUAUCCACAAUAAUCCUGCUACUCAGAGUAGCCAACUGAGCAAGCAGUCUGAUAUGACUGUCAUUGAUGUGGACGGCGCACGGCCGCAGUACUUUUCGCCGCUUGUUUUGUUGCCCAAGGACAACGUGCAGGCAUGGAUGGAUUCUGCUCUGCGUGACGAGCGUAGCCCUUAUAGUCGUGUAUCACUGUCGCACUCUGUCGACCACCCAGCAUGCGUCAUGUAUGCAGUGAGGCCAACAGAUGUCAACCGCGAGUCGGUGCGUACCCGGUGCAUGCGCUCAAACAUGGUAUACCCUAACAAGCUAAAGAGUUCGAGCUGCACAAAUCUUGAUACCAAGUCGAAGAAGAUAGCCAAGGGCAAGCACAUGAGUCUAACUAUAGACAGGCGCAGGUCGCUCAAGCUCCUGUUCCCCCUUGAGAAACAGAGUGCCAGCGUUGGCAAGGAGUGCGCAAUAAAGAAUCUCAAGGGGCUGACCGUUGAUGUCCUAAAAGCCGCUGCAUAGGAUGCAUGCUCUCUUUGAUGCUCUUUGGAUUCUGUCAAUAUAUUC